AUGGGCGAGAACGGCACAAAUCUGCUUCAGCAGAAAGUGACUGAACGAGCCCGCGAGCAGAGAGCGACACGCGAUGCAGCAUUGGGGAACAAAUUCCACAAACUGCCUGACCCAACGUCAUCCAGAAGCGGCACACUGGUAAACAACCUGUCGUCAAAGGAACUGACGAAGGAGCAAGCACAGGUUUUGCGGCACGAAGCCUCAUUCAACACAGCUGACGCCAAACCUGUCAACAUGAUUGCAGCAGUGGAAUCGGUCAUUAAUCAGACGGAAGCGGCGGAGGAGACGAAGAACCUCAUCCGACACCAAGUUACGUCCCUGCUUAUGACUCACAAGCCGCGCGAAACACUCACAAAGGUCGAACGCGAUGCACUAAGAGAACUCAAGGCCGACAACGACAUCGUCAUUGUGCCCGCGGACAAGGGGCGUUCCACCGUCGUACUGGACAGAACAGACUACCUCCAGAAGGCCAAAUACCUACUGGAGGAUCGCCAGUUCUAUGUCCCAUGUGAAACCAACCCCAUAAAAACGCUGACACGCGAAAUUAAUGCAACACUGUUGGCACUGGAGAACUCGGGUGCAAUAACAGCGACCGACCGACGCAUGGCGAGAGCCCAAGAAACGGCUUUGGCCCGAUUCUAUGGUCUUCCAAAGGUGCACAAGGAGGGCGCUCCUCUCCGGCCCAUUGUUUCGCUCAAAGGCACUCCAACGUACGGACUGGCAAGAUGGCUGUUUCGGCGCCUCAAAUUUCUGACCGCUGAUUCGGACACCACGGUCUGUUCGUCAACGCAAUUCCUGGAGAAGCUUAAAGGAGUAAGUCUCUUGCCCAAUGAGGUCAUGGUAUCUUUUGAUGUCACGUCCCUCUUUACUUCUAUUCCCCAGGAUCUGGCAAUCGAGACCGUCCAGCUACUCCUAUGA